UCUACCCCUCUCUCUUUUAAGUUUUAUCCUCCCACCAUUCUCAUUCGUUCUCAUUCUCACUCCAAAACUCUCUCUCUCACACAAUCUCACUCUCUCACUCUUUCAUCACUGAAAAUGGCUCUUCUACUAGACAACUGUGAAGGCAUUUUACUCUCUCUAGACUCACACAAAUCAGUCCCAGCACCAUUCCUCACCAAAACAUACCAACUCGUCGACGAUCCAUCCACAGAUCACAUAGUUUCUUGGGGAGAAGACGACUCCACCUUCGUCGUUUGGCGUCCACCGGAAUUCGCCAGAGACCUCCUCCCAAAUUACUUCAAACACAACAACUUCUCCAGCUUCGUCCGCCAACUCAACACUUAUGGUUUUAGAAAGAUUGUACCUGAUAGAUGGGAGUUUGCUAAUGAGUAUUUCAAGAAAGGAGAGAAGCAUUUGCUAUGUGAGAUUCAUAGAAGAAAAACAACGCAGCCGCAACAAACCGGAAUCAUGAGUCACCACCACCAUCAGCACCACCACCAGCACAACAUUCCUCCGAGCUUUUUCCCGUUUUCGAACACUAGAGUAAGCAUUUCUCCACCUAAUGACUACUCCGAUGACCAACUCAACAACUGGUCUUGUGAUUCUCCGCCAUUAACUUCACCGUCAUUCAUCAACGGAGGACAAACAACGACCACCACAACGUCGACAAACUACAACACUUCUGUUACUGCUCUUUCCGAAGACAAUGAAAGACUAAGAAGAAGUAACAACAUGUUAAUGUCGGAGUUAGCUCACAUGAAGAAGCUUUACAAUGAUAUAAUCUACUUUGUUCAGAAUCAUGUUAAGCCUGUUGCUCCGAGUAACUCUUACUCUUCUUCUUAUUUACUACCACAAGCUUCUUCAAAUCCUUCAAAUCUUAAUCCUAUCAAUGGUGGUGGUAAUGUUUCAAUGAUGCAAAGACCAAUGAACCAGCUUUUGGGGUAUUACAGUAAUAACACCAACAAUAACUCUACCAACCCUAAACAUGUGACUCAGCUUCAACAUCAAAAUCAAUCUCAUCAUCAUGGUGCAAAUGUGAAUGUGAACUCUCCAACAACCACAUCAAGAAGCUCUAUAACAAUGGUGGAAGGACACAACAGUAAUAGCUAUAACUGCAGCAAGACAAAGCUUUUUGGAGUAUCACUACAGUCCAAGAAAAGAGUGCACCCUGAAUGUGGAUCUAAUAAUCCAACUAAUUUGGAAACCAACAAGACUCGUUUGGUUUUGGAUCAGAAAGAUGAUUUUGAUUUUGAUUUGGGUUUGAAUCUCAUGCCUCCUUCCACUUGUUAACUAAUUAGCUAGUUUCUGAAAAGAAAAAAAAAAUCAAUUAAUCCUAAGUUAGCUAGCUUCUUUUUUCUUCUUCUUCUUUUAUAUUUACUUGUUUGUUUUCAUUUUAUUUCUAUGAUUGAAAAUUCAAGUUGAUCAAGUUUUGAGUCACGGAGGAGCUAAAUGAUCAUAUUGAUGGAAACAUGUGUUUGUGCGUGCGUGUAUGCGUGUGUGAUUCUGUGUACAUAUAACUUAGUGCCAAUGUUAUUAUCUUUGUUCACAAUAGUUGAGAUUUGGUAGUAUAGUAGUAGUAAGAACUAAGAUUAUUAAAGAUUCAAAUUCAAGCCAAACUUUAAAUGUUCAAGUUCAAAACCUCUGUAUUUGGUUGAGUUUUUCUCAUUUUCAUUGGUGCAAU